CUGUAACCGUGCUUUGCCAAAGGCCGCUCCCCCACCCAUCUUGCCCGAGCCAUUCUGUAUCCGCUGUAUGCACGCACGCGCGCACACACACACACACAUAUCAGAAGCGGCAUUGUUCUUCGAUCGUCUAGAUUCUUCCACCAAGAACACAGCUUCACGUUGAUGGGUUCUAUGCUAGGAGACUGGCCUUCCUUCGACCCUCACAAUUUCAGCCAGCUUCGACCAUCUGAUCCUUCAAAUCCUUCGAAAAUGACGCCCGUCACUUAUCAUCCUACUCAUGAUCGUACUCUUCCCCCACCUAAUCAAGUGAUAUCUGCAGAAGCCAAAAAUAUUCUUCUGAGACAUUUCUAUCAACGUGCGGAUGAGAAGAUGAGACCAAAGAGAGCUGCCCCCGAACUUCUAACACCCGAGCAAGGGUGCAAGCACCCGAGAGCUUCAACUUCUGAUAUCCCGCCAUAACGAGCUCUCGUCUGUCGCUUGAAGUUCUACAAGGUUUCUCUGGAUGCCUGUAAAUAUUCUCACCAUCAUAUAAUGGAUGUGUUUUCUCUGUUAGCCAAAAAGGAACCUGUUUGCUCUUUGUUCUGAACUUGGCUAUCUAUAACUGUACAUUUUGCAUGUAUAAACUACCAGCAUUGAGAUAAUGCUAUAGCUUAUGCUCUUGCCUCAUGUAUCUAUCUUGCAAUUCAAUUCAAAUGUUCACCUUCCA